AUGGAUACGAUUAAUGUAAUGAAUGAGCCUCCCCUCCCCCUGCCCGUCACAUCGCCUCCCCUCCCUCUGCCCGUCGCGUUCCCCUCCCCUCCUCCUGCCCGUCGCGUCCCGUCGCCUCCCCCUGCCCGUCGCGUCGCCUCCCCUCCCUCUGCCCGUCGCGUUCCCCUCCCCUCCUCCUGCCCGUCGCGUCCCGUCGCCUCCCCCUGCCCGUCGCGUCGCCUCCCCUCCCCUCCUCCUGCCCGUCGCGUCCCGUCGCCUCCCCCUGCCCGUCGCGUCGCCUCCCCUCCCUCUGCCCAUCACGUUCCCUUCCCCUCCUCCUGCCCGUCGCGUCCCGUCGCCUCCCCCUGCCCGUCGCGUCGCCUCCCCUCCCUCUGCCCGUCGCGUUCCCCUUCCCUCCUCCUGCCCGUCGCGUCCCAUCGCCUCUCCCUGCCCGUCGCGUCGCCUCCCCUCCCCCUGCCCAUCGCGUUCCCCUCCCCUCCUCCUGCCCGUCGCGUACCGUCGCCUCCCCCUGCCCGUCGCGUUGCCUCCUCUCCCUAUCGCGUUCACUCCCCUCCCCCUGCCCUAUGCCACGCCCUGCCCUAA